GGAAUGAGCUCAGCCUCAGUCACUCCUUGCUGCUCAAGCAAGCAUGACUGGGGUUCUUGGGAGGAAAGUCUCUCAAAGAGAUGUUGACCUGGGAUACUAGUUAACUGGGGAAACUUUUUGAGAGGUUUUUAAAAAUCAUCUUUAAUUAUUUCUCUUUUUCUAGUAAAAUAGAAAAAAAUACAGAAAAAAAAAUCAUGUCCAAGCACAGCAGGAAUUCAGAUCAAGAAGAACAAUUUGAUGAAGAGAUUGAUGAAGAUGAAAUCUUGGCCAACUUGUCCCCAGAAGAGCUGUUAGAACUGCAGUCGGAAAUGGAAGUCAUGGCUCCUGACCCCAGGCUUCCCGUGGGAAUGAUUCAGAAAGAUCAAACCGACAAGCCACCAACAGGAAGCUUCGACCAUAAGUCUCUUGUUGAUUAUAUGUAUUGGCAAAAGGCAUCCAGACGCAUGCUGGAAGAUGAGCGCAUUCCUGUCACCUUUGCACCAUCCCAGGAAAACACUGAAGAGCAGCAUAAAGAAGUGAACAGAGGUGAUAUAAAAGUGUCCCAGUAUUUAAAAGAAAAGCUCAAUAAUGAAAUCAUUGCAAAUAAAAGAGAAUCAAAGGGCAGCAACAAUGUCCAAGAAACAGAUAAUGAAAAUAAUAAUGAAGAUGAAGAUGAUGAGGAGGAUGAAGCAGAUGAGGAGGAUGAAGCAGAUGAGGAGGAGGAAGAAGAAAGUGAAGAAGAUGAAGAUGAAGAUGAUGAAGAAAAUGAGAGUGAAGGGAGCAGUGGAAAAGCAAAAAGAGAAGAGAUAGGUGAAGGAAAGGAGCCAAUUAGAAAUGGCGAGAGCCACCGGCAGGCAGUUCACCGAGCAUUUGAAGGACAAAAGGACAGACCAGAGGCCCGAGAGAAAAUUGAGAAAAAGAUAUCAAAAUUAGAUCCUAAAAAGUUAGCUCUAGACACCAGUUUUCUGAAGGUAAGUGCAAGACCUUCAGGAAACCAAACUGACCUAGAUGGAAGCUUGAGGAGAGUUAGACAAAAUGAUCCUGACAUGAAGGAACUCAAUCUGAACAACAUUGAAAACAUCCCCAAAGAAAUGUUACUGGACUUUGUCGAUGCAAUGAAGAAAAACAAACACAUCAAAACCUUCAGUUUAGCAAACGUGGGUGCAGAUGAGAAUGUGGCCUUUGCCUUGGCUAACAUGCUGCGUGAAAACAGGAGCAUUACCACACUCAACAUAGAGUCCAAUUUCAUCACAGGUAAAGGAAUUGUGGCCAUAAUUAGGUGUCUCCAGUUUAAUGAGACACUGACUGAAUUGCGGUUUCACAACCAAAGGCACAUGCUGGGCCACCAUGCUGAAAUGGAAAUAUCCAGGCUUUUGAAGGCAAACAACACUCUCCUGAAGAUGGGCUACCAUUUUGAGCUCCCAGGUCCCAGAAUGGUGGUGACUAAUUUGCUCACCAGGAAUCAGGAUAGACAAAGGCAGAAAAGACAAGAAGAACAAAAACAGCAACAACUCAAAGAGCAGAGAAGGUUAAUAGCCAUGUUGGAGAAUGGGCUGGGGCUGCCACCUGGGAUGUGGGAGAUGCUAGGAGGACCAAUGCCAGAUUCCAGGGUACAGGAGUUCCUUCAACCUCCUCCUCAUCCUCCCAACCCCCCAGCAGUCCCUUUCAGUCGACGAAAUGAAGUGAUAAAAAAGCCAUCACAAUCCCCUCCUUGCAGGACAGACCCUGACUCCUUCCGGGGAGUGAAGCUGAAGAGAACCCAGCGCAAAUCUCGGAUGCCAGAAGCCAGAGAAGCACCUGAAAAAACGAACCUCAAAGAUGUGAUCAAAACACUGAAACCAGUGCCCAGAAAUAGGCCACCUCCAUUGGUGGAAAUCACCCCCAGAGAUCAGCUCUUGAACGACAUUCGUCACAGCAACGUUGCCUAUCUUAAACCUGUGCAACUGCCAAAAGUACUGGAAUAAGAAGAGGCAACAGAAUAAUCUAGAAGAACAGAAACUGAAUUAAUGACUCUUGGAUUAGAGCUUGUGCAUCAGCAGCAUAGUUCUGGGUCCAGGUGGAACUGGGAACAAUGCUAAUAUCUGAUGGGGGAAUUUUAUAAAAGGCAGAAUGCUUAGCCCAUGAAAAAAUAGUGGCUGAAAAGGAAAGGGAAGGAGAUUAAAUAUUAACAUUCAGGGGCAAUGUUUUCUACUUCCAAUCAGUUUGAGUAACUUCAGUGAAAUUUAACCAUGUUUCCAGCACGGAAGUUAAAAAAAAACUUUUUUGUAAAUAUUUGCUUUACAAUUGCUUUCUUCUGCUGAAUAACAAUAAAUACAAUAGAAGUGUU